UGUGAGAUGUAAGUUCUGCCAAAGCUCACUGCACUUGUUUUCUCCUUUAGGUCUGUAAUAGACCUGAACGUCACUGAAGGACCCUCCGCAGUCUAACCGAGUGGAGCUGCGCGUAAUUGCAGAUCAUCUCCAUGCGCAGAGAGCGCGCAGAAGAAGGGAGUGCAAUAGCACAUCAUCCUAAAUCAAACUAAACCUACAGAAAUGCACUGUAUUUACAGCAGAUUAAAAACACGUUUUAAUGACAAUUAACGUGUAUCCUUCAUUGCUUUGGAGAGUUUGGGCAUUGUGCGUCUUUGGAGGACCUGGUUAAGUUUCUGUAGGGAUACCAGCGAGCUGCGCACGGAAUUGUUUUAUAUUACAGAGACAGUUUGCACGGAUAAGGGGAAGUUGCAUGUAAUGGGUACUCUGCUGGCAUUAAUAUUAGCGCUCUCUCUAAGCGCAUCAUGGGGAUGCCAACUUCCCCACGACUGGAGACCUCAGACUGAACCAUGCCGCGCAGAGCUCGCCGAGAUCAUCGUUUUUGCCAAAGUCCUCGCCAUCCACAAGGAGUCUUAUAGCUUGUACAACUACCUGCCGUGGCAGUACGACACAGAUCUGUUCUUUUCCGCCGAGAUCGAGAUGCUGUGCGAUCAGGCGUGGGGCAGCAUGCUGGAGGUGCCAGCCGGCUCCAGGUUCAAUGUCAGCGGGUUGGGAUAUUUCCCCUGCUACUCCUACAGCGUCAUGGAGAAUAAUUCCUACUACUUCUUUCUGAGGAUGGAUGAGAACUACAGCAUCAUUCCUCAUGGUGUUAAUUUCCAGGAUCCCAUCUUUCCCGACACACCAGAGAACCAUCGCAUGUUUGCCAGCUUGUUCCAGUUUUCCAACUGCACACCUGGUACGCAGGUGCACACAUAUACUCCAGACUGGGAAAUCCAAGAGGACAAUCGGCUGUGGUGCUCCAACGUGCAGAAGGCCUUAUUUGAGGAGGAAGAGAAAGUCAAAGACCUCUCUCAGAAAGUGAAGACCCUGGAAAAGGCCAACAACCACUUGAGGGACAAGGUGAAGAACAUGAAGCGUCUCUUGAGGCAGGCCAAAAAGGAGUCGGUUCAAAGCUUCAAACAGCUUCAUGAAUCUGAACCAGAGCUGCCACAUCCGCAGCAGGACACCAAUCACGACCAGAAACCCACUCUUAAGAAGAUCCUUCCUAAAAAGCUCAAGAACUGAGACCGUUACUGUGGUGUUUUGUGCAUCUGUUAACAUUGAGAGACAUUGUGAAUCUAUGAAAACAGUGUAUGAUGAAUCUUCCACUGUUGAUUGUCCAGCAGAGUUCACAAUGAAAAACGUUUUCAUAUAGCAGACUGUACUUAAUAAUUAUAAGGCAAAAGAAAAGGCGAUGUUUUGACUUAACAAGCAUCAAAAGGCCAUGGUUCUUAAAAAGAGCAUUAUAAUAUUGAAAUGCAUUAUGGCCUUUGACCACAACGCGACAUUUAGAAAAAAUGUAUAAUGUUUUGUAAAAACAAACUGAUGUCACUGUUCAUCAGGGAGAGCCCUAUGGGGUCAUGGAUCAGUGUUUUGUGAAUUUCACCAAGUGUUUAUGUGAAGUUCUGGAAUACGUUUUGACACAGCCCAGUGAUUUUAGCUUCCAAUCUACAAAACCUCACCAUUUUCCCAUUACUGUGGCUGAAAACUACAAGAAACAUCCAUCUGUCAGUACAAGACAGACGAAAAAUCUGGUUUCAGGGUAUUACGCAGAAGUGGUUCCAUUCCUAAACGCUUAUUUGACCAUUUAUGGCUAAAAAUACACAAAUUUGAAAGAAUCAAUCCAUCAUGAAUCUGCUAGUUUAGCAUCAGCUUUCUUUUUCCAUUAGAUACCAAUCUUCCAUUUAACAAUUCCAAGUGUUAUGUGUGCUUUUGUACUUCUGAAUAUAAGUUUUAUAAUGGUGCAGAGCGCCUGAUAUAACCUUUACUCAAUGAAGCUUAUCUCAUCUUAAAAAUGUUCAUUACGUAGACAACUGUUUUUACCGACAUGAUUUUGAUAUUUUAAAGCUGGUGCUUGUGUUAUUUGUUGUAAAAUGGUAGAUAUUACCGUUUCAUGUUUAACACAUUCACAUGUAUGCCUAUGAGUAGUGAAAUAAACCUCACAUUUUGCUAAAUGUUUGUGUGUGAAU